AAUAAACAGAAUAAGUUCAAUUUUUUCUUCAUGUUUGUUUUCAGUGUGCUCCAACGAUGUUUGGAGAAUUUGGUUCUAUGUGCAGUGGCUGGGGGAUGGGAGGCAUUCCUGGGUGGGCCUCUCUUAUUUGGUGCCCUUUGAGAGGGCACCAAACCCCAGCAAACUCCAUAUGAUAUGUUGAAAAACUACAUCCAAACUUGCUGAGAGACAAGAGCAGCUAGAGCUUGAACAACAACAACAACUGCAGCAGCAGCAUCAAGAACUGCAGGAGCAAGAGCUGCAGCAGCAGCAACAACUGCUUCAGCAGCAGCAACAACUGCUUCAGCAACAACAACGAAUGCUGCAGCAGCAACAACAACAACAACAACAACAAGAUGAAGAGGAGUUCAAUAUGCAAGCUGAGAUGUUUCUGGGUGAUAUCAUGUGGGGAAGGUGCGGCAAACAGCCAUAUUGGCCAUGCCUUGUAGUAAGGGAUGAAGAAGGGAGGUUUUAUAAAACAAAAUUGUGCUCCAACGAUGUCUGGCGAAUCUGGUUCUAUGUGCAGUGGCUGGGGGAUGGGAGGCAUUCCUGGGUGGGCCUCUCUUAUUUGGUGCCCUUUGAGAGGGCACCAAACCCCCAGCAAACUCCAUAUGAUAUGCUAAAAAAUUACAUCCUAACUUGUGCUCCAACGAUGUUUGGAGAAUUUGGUUCUAUGUGCAGUGGCUGGGGGAUGGGAGGCAUUCCUGGAGUUGGGCCUCAAGGUGCAAUGCCUGAUCAAAAUACUGUACUCCGAUGGGUUGCAGCGUUCAGGAGUACUAGUUCUCUGAUGAUAAAGAAACCACCUGGUCUUCCCUGUUCAGUUCAUACUCCUGAAAAUAUAGACAGAGUCAGUGUCGUCAAGUCCUGA